AUAUGUAAAAUAGUAACAUUGUAACAUCCAGAAGUGUGGGUGGUUCUCUAAGAGAAAGAGAAGUGCUGUACGAGUUUCUAGGGGAGUGACAAGGAGUGAUGGGCUAGGAGUCUGUUGUUAGCUUGGGAUCGCAGCCUUAGGGCAGUGUUGUCGCACUUAGGAAGACCUGCGCAUGGAUGGCCGUGGCUGUGAGGACUAUCGGUGUGUCGAAGUGGAAACCGAGGUGGUGUCCAACACCAGUGGGUCUGCCAGGGUCAAGCUGGGUCACACAGACAUCUUGGUGGGCGUGAAAGCCGAAAUGGGGACGCCGAAGCUGGAGAAACCAAAUGAAGGUUACUUGGAGUUCUUUGUGGACUGUUCAGCCAAUGCUACCCCUGAAUUUGAAGGUCGAGGAGGCGAUGACCUUGGCACAGAGAUCGCUAACACCCUCUCCCGGAUAUUCAACAACAAGAGCAGCGUGGACCUGCAGGCCCUGUGCAUCAGUCCUCGCGAGCACUGCUGGGUGCUCUAUGUGGACGUGCUGCUGCUGGAAUGUGGUGGAAAUUUGUUUGAUGCCAUCUCCAUUGCUGUGAAGGCUGCUCUCUUCAGUACAAGGAUACCAAGAGUUCGUGUUCUGGAGGAUGAAGAAGGGUCGAAGGACAUUGAGCUGUCCGAUGACCCUUAUGACUGCAUCCGGCUAAGUGUGGAGAAUGUCCCCUGCAUCGUCACCCUGUGCAAGAUCGGCUACCGGCACGUGGUGGACGCCAGUCUGCAGGAGGAGGCCUGCUCCUUGGCCAGCCUGCUGGUGUCCGUGACCAGCAAGGGAGUCGUGACUUGCAUGAGGAAAGUGGGGAAGGGCAGCCUGGACCCAGAGAGCAUCUUUGAGAUGAUGGAGACCAGCAAGCGAGUGGGCAAGGUGCUGCACAGCUCCCUGCAGACUGUCCUGCACAAGGAAGAGAGCCUGGGGCCCAAGAGGCAGAAAGUCGGGUUCCUGGGGUGAUGCGCACAUCACCCAACGGCGGGGCUUGUGUCACACUUUUCCUUUUAAGCCAAAGUUUGUAUUUAUUUUUCUUAAGUGUUAUGGAUUUAAGGUAGCAUUUGUACGUGUAAAAUUAAACUCUAUUUUCUGG